AAGUGAGUGUGACAGCUGCUGUCAGGCAUCUUUGGAAGAAGUGUCUCUAGCACUGCAAGGAGAUGAGUUGUAGCGACGGAUUGGCUGUCACCGUCACCCAUGGCAGUGAAAAGCACAAACUCCAAGUGAUCGGGCAGGAUGAAAAUAACGAGCCCACCCUACAGGACCUGGCAUUGGCCGUGGAGCAGGUCUCCGGAGUCCCACUAACAUCACAGAAGCUGAUAUUUAAAGGGAAAUCUCUUAAGGAGAUGGAUCAGGCGCUCUCCUCCCUGGGUGUAAAAAAUGGGUGUAAGAUCAUGUUAAUUGGCAAAAAGAACAGUCCAGAAGAGGAUUUGGAACUAAAGAAAUUGAAAGAUUUGGAGAAAUCAGUGGAACAGAUGGCAAUCAAACUAGAUGACGUUAACAAAGAGCUGUCCGGAAUCCAGAAGGGUUUCCUUAAUAAAACUCUUCAAGUAGAAGCUCUGAAUAAACUUGACAAAAGAAUAAAGUCAACUGUGGAACAGUUUAUGAAAAUACUGGAACAGAUCGAUGCCAUGGCCAUGCCAGAUAAUUUCAGUGAUUGUAGGCAGAAGAGAAAGGGACUGGUGAAAAAGGUCCAGGGUCUUCUUGCGCAAUGUGACACUGUGGAAGGAAAUAUUAGUCAAGAAAUUGAUAAGCUCCAGUGUAAGAACUUGGCACUUUCAAAAUAAAAGUUUUUUUUUCUGUAAUGUGGUGAUAUGGUAAUAUGAUUGCUCUAUGAGCAAGUAAGAAAAAGGAAAAACAAGUUUUUGCUCUUUGUUUGGAGCAUAUAUCCCAGUUUUAUUUUAUUAUAUAUAUAUUGUGUAGGUGCUAAGAUUAUUGUUUGUUUGUGCAAGAUUUGCUGCUAUGUUUUGUCUUUUGGUGCUCACCAAAUGCAGAUAAGAUAUAUUUUUUAAGAUUAUUGGUUAAUCUAAUUCAUGGCUAAAUGAAAUAUACCAGGAGGAAUAGACCAAUAAAGCUUUACAGAUGAAAGAAAAAUCUCAGUGCUUUUUUUUUCCCCCCUUUUAAAAAGUACAUAAAGGAAUUUUAUAUUAAUUCAUUUCUAUAGUAACUGGUUCUAUACCAAAUGUAUUAAAUUCUAUCAUUUAUCUAGAAACUAAUAAUAUACACAUUAAGCAACGCGGCAUAAUCUGCCUGAGAAGAUGGAAUAUUAAAAAAAAUCUUUAUUAAAAGAACACCAUAAUUAAGAUUUGUCUACAAAAACAGCUUGAUGAGUGAUUGUGUAAUGUUAUUUGCAUUAAAUAAAACCACAGGAAGCAAA